UACAGAACCACGUGUUGAUGACGUGUUUCCACCACCAGAAGAGCUCCGAUCGACCCCUCGGAGCCCCUGAACGCCUCACCGGGGCCAACAUGGCGACACCUCCACCGAGCAGAUGCAGCUUCUUCGUCCAGAAGAAAAACCGCUUCUGUAAAAUGGUACCCGGAAGUGGGCGGAGCUUCUGCGGAGAGCACGCGACCAUGGAGGAGGGCGUCAGUAGCAGGAUCACGUGUCCACUGGACCCCAAGCACACCGUGGCCCAACAGAACCUGGAGAAGCACCUGAAGAAAUGCAACUCUAGAGAGAAACCCCGACCUGUCUACUAUGUGGAGAACAUCAAUGCAGGACGAGUUGAUAAAGAUCAGGAGCUUCCAGAGGUGUCUCUGGCUGAGCGCAGCAGAGCAGAACUGGAGUCUCUGGUGGAGAAACUGAAGGCAGCUGCUGAAGGUCUUCAGCAGGACAUGGAGGACAGGACGCUGUCCCAUCCCGUCCUCCAGGGAGAACUGUCUGACCCAAAGAAUGGAGGCUCCGCCCACAAACACUUGAAGCAACAGGCCUCUCUCCUAGGUCACCUGCAGGAGCUGGGUCUGCUCAGCAGGGGGCGCUGCUUUGUGGAGUUCGGUGCCGGCCGGGGAAAGCUGUCCCACUGGAUCCACCGGGCCCUGCAGAACCCUGAGGGUCAGGGCAUCGCCAUGGAAUCCAGCCAGGACCUCCAGCUGCUGCUGGUGGAGCGCUGCUGCACCCGCUUCAAGGUGGACGGGAAGCACCAGGGUUCUGCUGACCCGUUUGAGCGGCUGCAGGUGGACAUUCAGCACCUGGACCUGAGUAAAGUUCCGGUGCUGAGGGAGAAAGCGCUGCCGUUGGUGGGAGUCGGGAAGCAUCUCUGCGGAGCGGCGACAGAUCUGGCCCUGCGAUGCCUACUGGACACGGCCGGACCCCGACCAGACACCCAGCCGCUUCCCAAGCGCCUCAGAGGGCCAGAGCCGGGCUCUGAUACCGGUCCGGUUCUGGGCCUGGCCGUGGCGUUAUGCUGCCACCACCGCUGUGAGUGGCGUCACUAUGUGGGUCAGCAGUUCUUCCUCCAGAGAGGACUUGGACCCGCUGAGUUCUCCGCCUUCUGCCGCAUGUCCAGCUGGGCCACCUGUGGCCCGCCGGCCAAUCGCAGCGGAGCGGCCAAUCGCAGCGGAGCGGCUGAGGAUCAUGAAGAAGCGGAGCAGAUGGCGGGCCUGGGCAGGUUCUGGUCAGUGGCGGAGCGGGAGCAUCUGGGUCGGCUCUGUAAGCUGCUGAUCGACAGCGGUAGGCGGGACUUCCUGCGGACCAGAGGUUUCAGCAGCCGUCUGAUUGGAUACGCAGACGCAGAGGUGACCUUGGAGAACGUCCUGCUGACCGCUCUGUCCUCGUCCUGACGGACUUGCUUGGUUCUGUCCUGCUUCACGCCCUGCUGGAUCGGACCUGUUAGCGUCUGGUUCCUGUCUGGAACCAGCAGCUGUAAUAAAACAUCAAUCUGUGGGUCAGAAUCUGUUUUAUUAAAGUCAAACUUGGAUCAGUUAAA